UUUUUAGCACUCGCCACCGUCGUCGGGGAUGCGAAACGGACCUCACUCAAGUUCAACCCUGGUAGAGGUCGCCUACCUUGUUGGGGCGCGAGCGCGAACCUCUUCGCAGUGUGUAUACUACCACAGUACCUAGCGAACGGCGUUCCCGUGUGAAAGUGUACCGAGUUUUGUGUCAAGUUUAACUGGGAGUGCAUUUGGCACGGCUUAUCAGGGUGUAAGGGCGAGCUUCGACUGCUAAACGUUAGUGAUAAGAGUUUUGCCAGAGCUGUACGUGCGUGCGUGUGUGUGCGUGUGUGUGUGGUAGAAGUGCAAUUAAUAACGCGAUGCAUACACCCGUCCGGUGUUUCGUACAUAUCGGCCGCUUCCAGAACCGGAUUUCACGUGGACCGCUGGCGGCGGCGGCGACAAUAACAACACCACCACUACUGCAACCACAAUCAUCGCACGGGUACGCGACAUCUGCUUCCAGCAUUACUGUGCAAACAAGUGCCUCGCAUCGCGGCACGACCAUGAUCGCAUCGACGAUACGUUUGGCGAGGGCUAACAGCGCCAGUACACCAGCAACACCGACACUGGCCGGAAGCUUGUCCACUGCGCUGCGGGAUAAGAGCAACCGAAAACACUGCUGCUGGAAGCAGCUUAGCAACGGACCGACGACUUUCGACCACUCACAACGCCGCAUCAUGAGUUCUAGCGCCGCCGCCGCCGCCGCCACGAAGCAAGGACUGGUAGCCGUCGAGGAAGCGCGCCGUUUCAUGGUGGACUGCUUGGUGCGGUCGAAAACACCGCUAGCCCAUGCCAAACAGCAGGCCGAUCUGCUGGUGGAAGCGGACUACCGGGGCCACUUUAGCCACGGCAUGAACCGGCUCGAGAUGUACAUUAACGAUCUGCACAAGAACGCGUGCAGCGGUGAGGCCGUCCCGACCGUGCUGAACGAAACGCCCGCCACCGCCUGGGUGGACGGGAACAAUGGGCUCGGUGCGGUGGUCGGUAACUUCUGCAUGGAUCUGGCCAUCCGCAAGGCGAAGGAGGUCGGUGUGGGAUGGGUUUGCGCCAAGCGUUCGAACCAUUACGGAAUUGCGGGCUGGUAUACGCUGCGUGCGAUGAACGCGGGCUGCAUCGGUAUGUCGAUGACCAACACGUCACCGCUGGCAAGCCCGACCCGCAGCAAAGAGGCCGCCCUCGGCACGAACCCGAUCUCGGUGGGUGCACCGGGUAAGGAUGGGGAUGGGUUCGUGCUCGACAUGGCUACCACUGCGGUCGCUGUCGGGAAGAUCGAAAUGCAACGGCGCAAGAAUGAACCAAUCCCGGUCGGCUGGGCCCAGGGUCCCGAUGGACAUCCGACAACGGACGCUGGUGUUGCGUUCGACACCGCCUGCCUGAUGCCGCUCGGUGGCACAGAACUAACGUCCGGCUACAAGGGUUACGGGCUCGGCGCAAUGGUGGAAGUGUUCUGUGGCAUACUGUCCGGUGCCAACUAUGCUACCAAGAUACGAAAGUGGACGCAUGCUGGGGCCGAUUCCGAAGCCGACCUGGGCCAGUGCUUUGUUGCCAUCAAUCCGAGCUGUUUUGCACCUGGGUUCGAGGGACGGUUGUCCGAUCUGAACAGUAUCCUGCGCAAUAUGCCAAUGACUGAUCCAGAACAUCCCGUACUGGUAGCGGGUGAUCCGGAGCGACUGCACAUGGCAAAGGUGGAUCGGGACGGUGGACUGCCGUACCAUGUUAAUCAAAUUAAAACCUGCACGGAGCUGUCGGAACGGUUGGGCGUGAAGCCGAUUGAAGUAAUUUAAACCAGAGAGCGGAGCGGUUUUGGCUUUACCAAAAAUUUAUGCAUAUUGUUUUUGCAUUUUCGGGAACCGUUUACGCCGUUGUAUGAGGCACCAUAUCGUGGGAAAUAUGUUCUACACCAAAUAAAAGUAUUAAAACUAUACGCACAAAACCA